CCCGCGAAGUAUAAACAGCUCUGUUCCCUGGAGGAUUUAUCUUCAGAAUAUCAGAACAUCCAGAGCCCCCAUACUUCAUAAUGGACAAGGAGGCAUCCCCUGCGCACGUCAUUCCAGCUCCUGAUCUACCCAAAUCCAGCGUUGGAUCGUGGUUGGCGGUCUUCGGGGCCUCCCUUGCGCUCUUCUGCACUGUCGGCUUCCUCAACGCCUUCGGAGUCUUCCAAGGGUUCUACACAAGUUACCUUCACAAGUCCGACUCAGACAUAUCAUGGAUUGGCUCGUUUUCGAUAUUCAUCCUCUACUGCGGUGCAGGGUUGAGCGGUGUCCUCGCCGAUAAAUUCGGUCCUACGGUAAGGAUGCAAUUACUACCACUACCGCGAGUGUAUCAGUACUUUAUUCUCAUGGAAUACUGCAGGCACUGCUAUGCACUGGAAGUAUUGGUCAGCUAUUCGCUCUCUUCAUGACAUCUCUCUGUAAAAAAUACUACCAAGUAUUUCUCGCACAGUCCUUGCUCCUGGGUAUCAGCAUGUCAUUAAUCUUCUGCCCUCCGCUCGCCGUCGUGUCCCGUCGUCUGCCUCAUCGACGAGGUCUUGCACUUGGAUUUACCAUCGGUGGCUCAUCUAUCGGAGGAGUCAUCUGGCCCAUCAUGAUUCAGCAGUUGCUCUACCAUGACGCUGUCAGUUUCAGCUGGACGAUGAGGGCCGUUGCGUUCACCAUGAUGCCCUUACUGGCCGUUGCAUGUCUGACAAUAACCGAUCCGCCUAAACCCCCUUCCAACCCGGAAAGCAAUACUGCAACAGCGGCCAGCGAGAGGCCGAAGAAAACGUCAGACUUCUCCAUCUUCAAGAAUUGGACCUAUAUCCUACUCUGUCUCGGACUAGGCAUCGCAUACCUGGGCCUGUUUACCCCUUUCUUCUAUGUCUCUGCCUAUGCAGCCCAUAUAGGGAUAUCCACCAACAUGUCCUUUUAUCUUAUUUCUAUAAUCAACGCCGCUUCGUUCUUCGGUAGAGUACUUCCGGGAUACUGGGCGGACAGUUACGGACACUUCAACCUUUGCGCAUUGGCAACAUUCAUAGCGGGCGUUAUCGGUUUCUGCUGGGUUGCCACCUCGAACCUGGCCGGCUUAAUAGUCUGGAGUUUGGCUUAUGGAUUCACCUCGGGGGCAAUCAUGAGUCUUCAAGGAGCAUGUGCUGGGAAGAUUGCAAAACAGGGAAGCCAAGGGACCGCAGUGGGAGGUCUCAUGGGGGGAUUGGCCUGCUUGUGAGUUGCCUUUCGAUAAAUCGACCUCCAUUUUUUGUCUUCGUCUUGCUGAUACAUUCGCAAUAGCGCUUUGGUUGGAACGCCCAUCAGCGGUCAAAUAGUCCAACACUACGGCUAUCUGUCGCUUUCCAUGUUUACCGGGGCAACCCUCAUCGGGGGAGGGGUCGUGCUGGCUGCUUCGAGAUUGAGUCUGGAUAGGAGGAUUCUGGCAGUGUAUUGAUGGAUCUUUUUAUGUACCCAUAUGGCAGGCCACAAGAAACGGCCAAAACGACUUAGGCGGCCCCGAGCUGCCAGCAAGAGUAUGACAGAGGAUUGUAUUGGUAUCAAAGAAGUAAUAGAUCAUCUUAAAACCGGGAGCGAUAAUUGUUCCCUGUCAUUAGAGGUUCUGUCGGUCGAACCCGGCUUCCCGGAGACUGCCAUGCUUGCAUUAUGCCUUUGCAAGAAUGUAGACCUGGUCCAGUCUCCCCUGUAGAUCCAGUCCUCAGUCCAGAGAAUAAUUCGUAUCACGAACAGUUGGGCGCCAAAGGGAAACCCAU